UUAUUCAUUCUUAAUAAGCUAAGAAGAAAGCUUUGAAGAGGAACUCUUACUUACUUUUAUUUUCUACAGAGACCAGCCUGGCUAACAUGGUGAAACUCCAUCUCUACUAAAAAUACAAAAAUUAGGCCAGGCGUGGUGGCUCAAGCCUGUAAUCUCAGCACUUUGGGAGGCUGAGGCGGGUGGAUCACGAGGUCAAGAGAUCGAGACCCUCCUGGUCAACAUGGUGAAACCCCGUCUCUACUAAAAAUACAAAAAAUUAGCUGGGCAUGGUGGCGUGUGCCUGUAAUCCCAGCUACUCAGGAGGCUGAGGCAGGAGAAUUGCCUGAACCCGGGAGGUGGAGGUUGCGGUGAGCCGAGAUCGCGCCAUUGCACUCCAGCCUGGGUAACAAGAGCGAAACUCUGCCUCAAAAACAAAAAACAAAAAUUAACCUGGUGUGGUUGUGCAUGCCUGUAAUCCUAGCUACUCAGGAGGCUGAGGCAGGAAAAUUGCUUGAGGUUCAAUGAGCCGAGACUGUGCCACUGCACUCCAGCCUGGUUGACAGAGCAAGACUCAGUCUCCAAAAAAAAAGAGUUGUGUCCUCUAUAAAUAUUUUGUAUAUUUUUAGUUACAAAAUUUGUAAUUGUUAAGUGUGUGGUCACGAGUGUGGAAAAUGCCCACUGCUAGUGUGUAGUCACAAGCUUGGAAGGUGCCCCCUGCUAGUGUGUUGUCAUGGGCGUGGAAAGUGCCCACUGUAUGUGGUCACGAGAGUGGAGAGUGCCGGCUGCUAGGGUGUGGUCACCGGGGCGGAACGUGCUCAUUUUAAGUGUCACAGGUUUAAGAUGAAGGCAGUUGGCCUGGAUGUGUGAUUGUUUUCUCCAGCAGUCAUGGAGUAGAAGGGGUGGGCUCCCCCAGUUGGGUUUUUCUCAGUGAAUACAGUGGAGAGUGAGUGGGAGGAGGCGAAAAAGCACGGCCUUGUCUCCUGUGUAUGAAGAGUCAAGAGUGACGACCAGCGUGGGACAGCCCGAGGGGAGAUCUCCCCGAGGCAGGAGAGUUUAUGCGAGGCGGCGCAGUGAGCUGCAGGGCAGGAGGUGGGGCUCCACGGGAGACUUGACGGGGGGCUUUCAGCCCUUUGCGGCUUCUCAUGGUGAGGACCCAGGGAAUGUCUUGGACAGAACAGUGUGCGCGCCUGUCUUCUACUGUCGAAGCUUCAGGCUGUUUAGCCUCUAUUUCUCCAGAAAUGCACUAAGAGAAUCUAGAAGACCAGGCUGAACGCAGAUUAGAAAAUGCUGAAGGAAGCAUAGUCGAGCUGCAGCGGAGUGAAUUACCGAGUAAAGGUGAGAGGCCUGAGAAGGUGAGAAUAACAGGAGGUUACGAGACACAAGCCCGCCACAGGAAGGACUGAGGAAGAAUGGCUCCAUUUCUAGAGUCGAAGAAAAGUUAUAUCUCAGACUCCGGAAGCCUGUGGUUUGAGGGGGCAAAAUUACACCAAACCACGCCGAGAAGUGUCAGAUGGUAACUGCUCUGCACCAAAAGAGACGGGAGGACACAGCGAACACACAAGUGUGGCACCUUCCUGUCUAAGCUGGAGUCGUCCCGAUGAUCCACUGACAUCAGUCCACCUCAGCGAGGAAGCAGACAGCGAUGUCCCAGACACAGGACUACGAGUGCAGGAGCCAUAAUGUCGACCUGCCAGAGGCAAGGAUUCCAGGGUCAAGCACUCGGCUGGAGUGGGUGGAGAUCAUCGAGCCGCGCACCCGCGAGCGCAUGUACGCCAACCUGGUCACCGGCGAGUGCGUGUGGGACCCGCCGGCCGGCGUCCGCAUCAAGCGCACCAGCGAGAACCAGUGGUGGGAGCUGUUCGACCCCAACACAUCCCGCUUCUACUACUACAACGCCAGCACGCAGCGCACCGUGUGGCAUCGGCCGCAGGGCUGCGACAUCAUCCCGCUGGCCAAGCUGCAGACGCUGAAGCAGAACACGGAGUCCCCGCGCGCCUCGGCUGAGAGCAGCCCCGGGCGCGGCAGCAGUGUCAGCCGCGAGGGCAGCACCAGCUCCUCUCUGGAGCCCGAGCCCGACGCCGAGAAGGCGCAGGAGCUGCCAGCGAGGACUGGACGGCCCGCGGCGUUUGGGGCCAUGAAGGAGGAGAGCGGCAGUUCUUCACCACCAGGAGUGUUCCUUGAGAAGGACUAUGAGAUUUACCGGGAUUACAGUGCGGAUGGCCAGCUUCUUCACUACAGGACCUCCUCGCUGCGGUGGAACUCAGGCGCCAAAGAGCGCAUGCUCAUCAAGGUCGCUGACCGUGAGCCCAGCUUUCUCGCCGCCCAGGGCAAUGGCUACACCCCAGAUGGCCCCUCCGGGGUCCGCUCCCGCAGACCCUCUGGCAGCCAGCACUCGCCCAGCCUACAGACCUUCGCCCCAGAGGCUGACGGCACCAUCUUCUUCCCAGAGAGGAGGCCGUCACCAUUCCUGAAGAGGGCCGAGCUCCCCGGGAGCAGCUCCCCGCUGCUGGCCCAGCCGCGAAAGCCCUCCGGGGAUUCGCAGCCCUCCUCCCCGCGCUACGGCUAUGAGCCCCCGCUCUACGAGGAGCCCCCAGUAGAAUACCAGGCCCCCAUCUAUGAUGAGCCCCCCAUGGACGUGCAGUUCGAGGCAGGCGGGGGCUACCAGGUCGGCUCUCCCCAGCGGUCGCCAGGCCGCAAGCCCCGGCCAUUCCUUCAGCCCAACAAGCAGGGGCCCCCCUCGCCCUGCCAGCAGCUGGUGCUUACCAGGCAGAAGUGCCCCGAGCGCUUCCUGAGCCUGGAGUACAGUCCCGCGGGCAAGGAGUACGUGCGGCAGCUGGUCUACGUUGAGCAGGCGGGCUCCAGCCCCAAGCUGCGCGGUGGACCUCGGCACAAGUACGCGCCCAACCCGGGCGGCGGCACCUACUCGCUGCAGCCCAGCCCCUGCCUGCUGAGGGACCAGCGCCUGGGCGUCAAAUCCGGAGACUACAGCACGAUGGAGGGGCCUGAGCUGCGGCACAGCCAACCGCCCACGCCGCUGCCACAGGCCCAGGAGGACGCCAUGUCCUGGUCCAGCCAGCAGGACACUCUGUCCUCCACAGGCUACUCCCCGGGCACGCGCAAGCGAAAGAGCAGAAAGCCCUCUCUGUGCCAAGCCGCCAGCGCCACCCCCACCGAGGGCCCCGGGGACUUGCUUGUUGAGCAGCCGCUGGCCGAGGAACAGCCCCCAUGCGGGACCAGCCUCGCCCCGCUAAAGCGAGCGGAAGGUGAGGCUGAUGCGGCGCGGGGCGCGGCCGAGCCCUUCCUGGCUCAGGCUCGGCUGGCCUGGGAGGCGCAGCAGGCCCACUUCCACAUGAAGCAGAGGAGCAGCUGGGACUCCCAGCAGGACGGCUCUGGCUACGAGAGCGACGGCGCCCUGCCACUGCCCAUGCCCGGGCCGGUGGUGCGCGCCUUCAGCGAGGACGAGGCGCUGGCCCAGCAGGAGAACAAGCACUGGAGGAGGGGCACUUUCGAGAAGCUUGGCUUCCCCCAGAUCCUGCUGGAGAAGAGCGUCUCUGUGCAGACCAACCUGGCCUCACCGGAGCCCUACCUCCACCCCUCACAGCCCAGCCCGGUUUGUCCUUCUCAGUCUGAGGACCUUGGUGCCUGUGCCCAGUUUGAGAGCAGCCGGCAAAGCCGCAGCGGCAUGCCCAGCUCCAGCUGCGUCUUCCCCACCUUCACUCUGCGCAAGCCCUCCUCGGAGACCGACAUCGAGAACUGGGCCUCCAAGCACUUCAAUAAGCACACGCAGGGCCUCUUCCGGCGGAAGGUGUCCAUUGCCAACAUGCUGGCCUGGAGCAGCGAGUCCAUCAAGAAGCCCAUGAUCGUGACCAGUGACCGGCAUGUGAAGAAGGAGGCCUGUGAGCUCUUCAAGCUGAUCCAGAUGUACAUGGGCGACCGGCGGGCCAAGGCCGACCCGCUACACGUGGCCCUGGAGGUCGCCACCAAGGGCUGGAGCGUGCAGGGCCUGCGGGAUGAGCUCUACAUCCAGCUGUGCCGGCAGACCACCGAGAACUUCCGCCUGGAGAGCCUGGCCCGUGGCUGGGAGCUCAUGGCCAUCUGCCUGGCCUUUUUCCCUCCCACUCCCAAGUUCCACUCCUACCUGGAAGGGUAUAUCUACCGGCACAUGGAUCCAGUCAAUGACACCAAAGUGACACAGCACAUAAAAGAGCUUCUGGAAAGAAACACUAAGAAGAAGUCCAAAUUGAGAAAGAAACCCAAGCCUUAUGUUGAAGAGCCGGAUGGGGUGGCGAUAAGCACAUACGCCAAGUAUUGUUACCACAAGCUGCAGAAGGCAGCCCUAACUGGGGCCAAGAAGGGGCUAAAGAAGCCUAACGUGGAGGAGAUCCGGCAUGCCAAGAACGCCGUGUUCAGUCCAUCCAUGUUUGGCAGCGCGCUGCAGGAGGUCAUGGGCAUGCAGCGGGAGCGCUACCCCGAGCGCCAGCUGCCCUGGGUGCAGACGAGGCUCUCUGAGGAGGUGCUGGCACUCAACGGUGACCAGACAGAGGGCAUCUUCAGGGUCCCCGGGGACAUUGACGAGGUGAACGCCCUGAAGCUGCAGGUGGACCAGUGGAAGGUGCCCACAGGCCUGGAAGACCCCCACGUCCCCGCGUCCCUGCUGAAGCUGUGGUACCGGGAGCUGGAGGAGCCCCUGAUCCCGCACGAGUUCUACGAGCAGUGCAUUGCGCAUUACGACAGCCCCGAGGCGGCGGUGGCCGUGGUGCACGCCCUGCCCCGCAUCAACCGCAUGGUGCUCUGCUACCUCAUCCGCUUCCUGCAGGUGUUCGUGCAGCCGGCCAACGUGGCGGUCACCAAGAUGGAUGUCAGCAACCUGGCCAUGGUGAUGGCGCCCAACUGCCUUCGCUGCCAGUCCGACGACCCGCGCAUCAUCUUCGAGAACACCCGCAAGGAGAUGUCCUUCCUGCGCGUGCUCAUCCAGCACCUGGACACCAGCUUCAUGGAGGGCGUGCUGUAGUGGGGACGCCCGGGGAUGAGAGGGACGUCCCGCCGCCCCCAGCCAGGCUGAAGCCCGCACUCACUCUCUCAGCCGAGGGGCCCGAAUCGCCCGGCCCAGCACCGGAGCCCCCUUCCCCUCUUCCCCAGGCCCUCGGCCCGGCGCUCCCCAGGUCUUUUGUCUGGUCUGAGGGUGCAGCCAGAGAAGAGCAGCGACGGGGAGGGCGCCUCUGGCCCCCCACCUCACGGCCAGUUCCUGCGGGUACCACCUCGCCCUCCGCUGGCCUCGGGUCAGCUCCGAGAAAGUGCCUUCUGUGUCCUGGAGCCGAGCGACACUGCCCGCCUUGGGGCCGGGCUGCCUCCCUGUGACUCCUGCGCGCCCUGGUCUGGGUCUCGCCCGGCCGCCCCCGUCUCUCCUUCCCUUUCUCCAGUCCUUGUCCUCCAGGCCUGCAGCUCUUCCCAGCCCCGAGGGAGCUUCCCGACCUGUCCCCGCCUUCUCUUCCCCCGCCCCUCGGCCUGCGGUCCCCAGGUGGGGACUGCUCAGGAGUUUGGGGGCUCCAGGGCAGUGGGCCCAUGGCCUGGCAGGCGCUCUGUGGGUGGGAUGGGGCCCCCAAACCAAAGUCGUCUGGGGUAGGGGGCAGGGCGGGGGAGGGGCGAGAGUAUUUUUUCUUCGUGUAACUAUAAAUCCAGAAUCCUGCAUCGCAGCCCACCCGUGUAUAGAGAUAUAAAUAGAAGGAAGAUAUAAGAACUAAAUUUGCUAAUGACAUAGUUUUAACCUAAAUGCUAUUUAUCUCUGAGCCGUCCCCGGCCUCCGUGCAGAGCAAGUUGAUGUCAUUCCUUCUUUUCUUCUCCAAUCUUAUUUCUUGGCUUCUGACCAAAAACCAAGCCCUACCCCAUCCCCAUCCCAGACCUGCGGCAGAGGAGCGGGAAGGCGCCGGGGCCAGGACUGCCUGUCCUCGAGGCCAGAGCUGCUGGGGGACCGAGUUUGUACAUUUUCCAUUUUGGAAUUUUGAGUUCCAAUUGUUGUAAAACUUAAUUUCUCCCCAGUUUAUAUAUAUAUAUAUUUUUUAGAAUUCUGUUUUUAUUUAUUAAAAAUAAAAGGCCCAGCCCUGCCAAGGCCCAGGCGGCGUCCUCAGUCGGGUGGUCUCCGGGCCUUCGCGGCCCAACCCGGCCGCAGGCGCUCGUCCCGACGCAUGGACCGAGAGGCGACGACUCGCGUGAAUAAAGUGCACAUGGACCCUG